AUGACGGUGCCGAGAGAGAAAGGAGGUUCUCAACCCGAGUAUGUUAAGUGGCCCUUUGCUUUUGAAAUGGAUUUGACGAAAGCGAUAGAUUAUGACAAAGCAAUAGUCACCUUUGAAGUACACCAUGGAGGUAGAAUGGUAAAAUCCCCAAAUGUCAAUGAAUGGUGGUUUUAUGUGGGGGGGUCUGUUGAUUAUUUGGACUGGUGUCUUCUGGACUACAUAAAUUUGCUAGAGAUAUAUGCGUAUGCAAAAGAGCUUGGGCACCAUGACCAAGUGGUUGUGACAGGGAUACAAAAUGGUAAAAAGUCCAAUUUGGAGGGUGACAAAUCCAGAUUUGAAAGGAUUUAUAUAUGCUUGGCAGCUACAAAGAAAGGAUUUAUUGAUGGUUUGAGGCCAGUUGUUGGUUUGGAUGCUUGUCACAUCAAAGGGCAACACCCUGGGCAAUUACUAUCUGCUGUUGGUGUUGAUCCUAACAACGGCAUGUAUCCAAUAGCUUAUGCAGUGGCAGAGGCUGAGAAUUAUGCAACUUGGACUUGGUUUUUAGAACUUUUAGCUGUUGAUCUUGGCAUUGAAAAUAGCAAUGGAUAUGUGUUCAUUACAGAUAGACAAAAGGGCUUAAUUGAUGCAGUGGGUGACAUGUUCCCAAACUCUGAGCAUAGGUAUUGCCUUAAACAUCUGCAUGCCAAUUUUAUACUUGCUGGGCAUAGAGGAUUAGUUUUGAAACAACACAUGGAGGGUGCUGCAAGAAGUACAACUGUACCUUGGUUUCAAGCUGAGAUGAAAAAGCUCCAAGAUUUGUCAGGACCAGCUUUUGAUUGGUUGUCACGGCUUGAUCCAAUGCAAUGGUGUAGAUCUCACUUCAGAACACACUCAAAGUGUGACAUUCUCUUGAAUAACAUGUGUGAGGCAUUCAACGGUUCUAUCCUUGAUGCUAGAGACAAGCCUAUUAUAACAUUGCUUGAGAGGAUCAGGUAUUACAUCAUGUUGUUGAUGGCAACUAGACGAGAAGCUAUGGAGAAAUUGCAUCAUGAUGUGGGGCCAAGAGUGUUUGCAACUCUGGAGAAGCUUAAGAAGCAGUCAGCCUGGUGCAUUCCAAGGCUUGCUGGGGAGAGCAAAUAUGAGGUCAAGUGUUUUGGAGGCACUCAGGUGGUUGUUGAUUUGAGGAACAGAAGUUGUUCAUGUAGGCAAUGGGAUCUAACUGGGAUCCCAUGUAAGCAUGCUUGUGCUGCCAUUGGGCAGUUAAAUGGCAAUCACAUUAGCUAUGUCCAUGAUUAUUACAAAAAAGAGGCCUUCAUGAAAGCCUACAAACCCAUGGUUCAUCCAAUGCCAAGCCAAGACUUGUGGCCUAAAACAAAUUUCCCACCUUUGCUGCCACCUAAAUUUCAUAAGCAGCCAGGGAGGCCAAAGAAAUCUAGGAUAAGCUCAGCCGGUGAACCAUCUUCAAGCUCUAAUCCUAAAGCUAAACACUUGCCAAGGUAUAAUUUGGAAAUCAAAUGUUCCAUAUGUAAGCAAGCAUGGCAUAAUAAGAGGAAAUGUCCAAGGGUAAAUGAAGCAGGGAGUAGCAGCCAUGUAUAUUCAACAGCAUGUGAUUUUAAAAGUUUUGUAUGUUUGGCAUUCUGA